AUGCCCUAUAAAUACAUAGAUCAACCUUCACACCCUGACAAAGACACCAGACACCAGACACUGCCAUAUCGAUCCACCAAUCCAAUAUUCCAGUAUUCCUGCUGACAAAUAAACUAUAAGAGCAAUGAGGAAACAACCUUCUCUUAAUAUUGUCAUCACCUUGUGCCUUCUCCUUUUUCUUUUUAGGUCAUCCAAUGGGUCCUUGCUGCCGUUCAUGGAUCGACCAGGAACUAGUUCUCUGGUCGAUCUCUUGCCGGAGCACUUUCCAGAUCCGUUCCGAGUGCUAGAACAGCUCCCAUUUGAACUUGGAAAAGAAGAGAGCCUGCUGGCACUCUCACCAGCAAAAGUGGACUGGAAAGAAACGCCGGAGGGUCAUGUUAUAAUGUUAGAUGUGCCAGGACUCAACAAGGAGGAGCUGAAAAUCGAGGUUGAGGAGAACCGGGUUCUGAGAGUGAGUGGAGAGAGGAAGAGGGAAGAAGACAAGAAAGGGGAUCACUGGCACCGAGUUGAGAGGUCUUACGGAAAAUUUUGGAGGCGGUUUAAGUUGCCUGAGAACGUGGAUUUAGACUCCAUCAACGCCAAGUUGGAAAAUGGGGUUCUCACGGUGACGCUGGCCAAGUUGUCCCCUGAUAAGAUCAAGGCAGCUACUAGGGUGAUUAGCAUCUCUACCACUGGAGGAGGAGGAGGAGGAGAUCAGGGUGAACCUGCCAAGCUCAAGAGUAGCGAGCCCAAGCAAGAGCUUUAACUUAGAAAGCAAGGACAUUCAGUGCCUUGCUUCAAGUUUGGCCGAUAACCCUCAAUUUCAUUGUGCGUCUUGGAUUUGUAAUGGUGUUGCUUACCGUUUAGCUAAGUUUUAUCGUAAGUUUGGUUUGAGGAUCAUCUUGAAGUUAUUCAGGAUGUCAUCUUCUAAGACUCCUCUUGUAAUUAAGUUUGAGCUUUUCGAAUCAAACUAUCAUUUAUCUUACAAAAUGAUAAAAUUAAAAAAAUUAAAAAAAACACAUAAAU